AUGGCCAACAGAGUCGACGACGAUGGCCGCCCAAUGCGAACUGGGACUUGGGUGACGGCGAGCGCCCACAUCAUUACAGCGGUGGUCGGGUCAGGGGUUCUAUCCCUGGCUUGGGCUAUCACCCAGCUGGGCUGGGUGGCCGGACCGGUCACUCUCAUCAUCUUCUCCCUCAUCACCCUUUUCACCUCCACCCUGCUCGCCGACGCCUACCGUCACCCGGACCCCGUCACGGGCCAGCGCAACUACACCUAUAUGGACGCGGUCCGGGCCCAUUUAGGUGGGCUAAAGGUCCGGCUUUGCGGCCUGGCCCAGUACGCGAACUUGGUGGGCGUCACCGUCGGUUACACCAUCACCGCGUCGAUGUGCAUGGCGUCGGUUCGGAGAAAGAAGUGUCUCCACGCGGAGGACAACUGCCACGUGUCCACGACGAUCUACAUGAUCAUCUUUGGCAGCAUCCAGCUGAUCCUUUGCCAGGUCCCCAACUUCCACAAGCUGUCGUGGAUCUCCAUCCUCGCCGCCGUCAUGUCAAUCACCUAUUCCUUUAUUGGAUUGGGUCUCUCCGUAGCCAAAGUUGCUGCAGGAGCUCAAUUGAAUGAAGGAGCUGAGGCGACAACGACGUGGCCGACGGUGUCAGAGGCGCAUAGGUUGUGGAAAGUUUUCCAAGCAAUUGGCAACAUUGCCUUUGCGUAUGCCUACUCCACCGUCCUCAUCGAGAUUCAGGACACCCUGAAAUCGAGCCCGGCCGAGAACAAGACAAUGAAGCGGGCGAGUUUUGUGGGCAUCUCAACUACCACAAUUUUCUACCUGCUUUGCGGCUGUGUGGGCUACGCGGCGUUUGGAGAAGACGCGCCGGGCGAUUUACUCUCCGGAUUUCAUCAACCGUUGUGGCUACUCAACGUAGCAAACGUCAGCGUGACUAUCCACCUCAUCGGCGCCUACCAAGUGUUUGCACAGCCGAUUUUCAGCUUGGUGGAGUCCAGCUGUCGUCAGAGGUGGCCAGAGGUCAAAUUCGUGACCACGGACCACCAGAUUACCAUUCCGUUUCUGGGCGGUACGGGCUUCCACGUCAACUGUUUCAGAUUGGUUUGGCGGUCUGCUUACGUGAUCGUGACCACAGUCUUGGCUAUGCUCCUCCCCUUCUUCAACGUAUUUCUGGCCCUUAUCGGAGCAGCAUCUUUUUGGCCUCUGACGGUCUACUUUCCGAUCGAGAUGUACAUCGCCCGAGCAAAGCUUCCAAAAUUCUCCUUCUCCUGGAUGGGCCUGCAAGCCUUGAGCUUGGCCUGUCUGCUUGUUUCACUGGUCGCAGCUGCUGGAUCAGUGGAAGGCCUGAUCCAGUCACUCAAAGUGUAUCAUCCUUUUAAGAAUUAA